AUGUCUGAUCGCACGACCAUGGUGUCACGCUUCUUCUCUCGCCUCCGCCUGAGACGAAGGCAAGGGAAGCACGCGCACGACGCGAGAAAAGCCAAGAAGGCGGCCCAGGACGGGCAGGGCACAUUGACCAAGCGCGCCGUCAUGGACGUCAUCAAGAGCCCCUCGCACCACCACCACCAGCAACAGCAACAGCAGCAGCAGCACGUGUCGUCCGAACAGAUGCAGCUGCCACACCAGCACCAAGCCAAGCACAUGGCACACCGACACAACGACGCGAGCCAGCAGCACACCCUGCCAUCGCUCCAACCAGACCCUAACCAGCAGCAGCAGAAACAGCAGACACAGAAGCAAGAGAAGCGCAACCGCAAGCGUGGCGGCAGCUCCAAGCCAAGCCGGCUCGACCGCCAGGGCGCGCGUGUCAACCUCGUACCACUGAAGAAGGAGUUUCUGGACCAGUUUACCGUGCAGCCGCUCUCCUUGUCGGAGAAGCUCACGCGCUGGUGCUGCUACACAGACUUCUUUGACCCGCAGCCUCCGCCAGCACACGGCCCAGCAACAACGCUGCAGAUGCGCCAGCGGUUCAGCAUGUACUCUGGCACAUCCCUCAUGGACUGGCAAUCGUUUGCUCUCAAGCGCGCAUACAGGCGAAAGACGCAAGUCUAG